AUGGCAUCUCUCUUACCCUCAAUACCGUACCCUCCCUCAGGAGAUGGCUACUGGAGCCCCGUAACCUCGACUCUCAACUGGUGUGAGGAGAUAGUCAACACCUUGACCAACCUCUUGUUUGUCUGGCUGGCCUUCCGUGGUAUCAACAACUGUAUCCAGAAUGGCCAUGACCAGAUCUUCCUCGUCACCUUCAUCGGCUACCUGGUUGUUGGAACCGGCAGUUUCCUCUUCCACUCGACUCUGAAAUACCCCAUGCAGCUAGUCGACGAGCUCUCCAUGAUCUACACGACCUGCCUCAUGUUCUACGCAACCUUUGCCCACAAACAGACGCGCACCUUCCGCAUCUUCCUCGCGCUCUUCCUGGUGUCGUUGUCAGUCUUUAUCACGGGCUACUACCACUACCUCGGAGACCCCGUCUUCCAUCAAAACAUGUACGCUCUCUUGACGGCCGUCGUCUUGUUCAGAUCCAUGUACGUCAUGGAGCGUGACAUCCGUCCCAAUCCGAAGGCAAGAGAAGCUGCGCGCAAAAGUACGGGCCAGCAGAAUGUUAUCAGCGAGAAGGAGCAACAGCGUCAGGAUGACAGAGAUCGCAAGAUUCUCAAGACCAUGUGGCUCAUGAUUGCAUGCGGACUGAGCGUCUUCUUGGGCGGGUUUGGCAUUUGGACUCUGGACAAUGUCUACUGCUCCAGGCUACGGGCAUACUUCUACAUUGUAUGGGGAGUGUGGCUCCGUCAUUGCUUGAAUGGACGUCAAGACGAGUUCAAGCUGGUCUGGCCGAGCAUGUUCACCUCGCUCCCCUCGAUUGUGAAGAUUGACAAGAGCGAGAAGAAGCAGAACUAG